GCCAAAAUACACAAACACGAGUGAAAAUGAGUAGUCCUUCACCGAAGAAGCAGGACAAAGAAGAGCAAAAGCAGAAGGCUGUGAAGGCUGGGGAAGGGAAGAAGGGUCAGGGGAAGGAAGACGGCGGGAGUGGAGGAGGGGGAGAGCAUGGUGCAGCUGUGAAAAAGCCCACCACAAAAGCAGAGAGACGGGCAUUGCAGGAGGCACAGAGGAAGGCAAAGGAAGAGAGGCUAGCAGCUCAGGGGAAAGGAACAGCCAAACAAACCACCUCUACUUCAGGGGGAGGGGCAAAGAGAUCUCAGGCUUCAAAAGGAGGAGAGGGCGGGGCUAAAUUGGAGGGGAAACCCCUUGAGGUGCCGAGACCGACACGACAACGGAACUCAUCCUCCUCCACCUCCGUUACCACUGACGACCACCGUCCAAACAAAUCCAGCAAAUCAUCAAAGAAAGCGACUGAGCAGCAGGUGGAGACAGGGAGAAGAGUGAAGCAGUUGCAGCUGUUCUCACAUCUCCAGCAGUACAGCAAGGCACCGUCGUCUCCGACCCUCCCCUGGCACAGCGUCAGUACCUACACCUCCAUCCAUCCUGCCAUCAUAAAGCUGGGGCUCCAUUACUCACACGGUGUCAUCUGUGGCUCCAACUCCAGAUGUGUGGCAAUGCUCGCGGCCUUCAAGAAGGUGAUAAACGAUUACACCACGCCGGUGCAGAAGGAACUGAGACGAGAUCUGGACGCACACAUCCGCCCGUUCAUCAACUUUCUCACCCACUGUCGCCCGCUCUCCGUUUCCAUGGGCAACGCCAUCAAGUACCUAAAGAGAGAGAUAUCCAAGAUCGGACCCGAUCAGUCUGAGAGCGAAGCAAAGAGACUUUUGUGUGCUACUAUUGAUGAGUAUUUGGAGCUGUACAUUGUGAAGGCAGGGACGGAAAUUUCCAAGUUAUGUCAGAAUAUCAUCAAAGACAAUGACGUCAUCCUCGUAUAUGCCUUCUCUUCGGUGGUCCAGAGAGUUCUAUUAGAUGCCCACUGCUCGGGGCGGCAGUUCAGGGUCAUCGUGGUUGACUCCAGGCCCAAGAUGGAGGGAAGACACAUGCUGAGGACUCUGGUGCAGAAGGGAGUGAAGUGUUCGUACGUUCUCAUCAAUGCCGUCUCAUACAUCAUGAAGGAAGUCUCCAAGGUGAUAGUAGGAGCCCACAGUCUCCUGGCCAACGGUUAUGUAAUGUCUCGUAUCGGGACCAGCCAGGUAGCGCUGGUGGCCCGAUCAUUCAACGUCCCAGUACUGGUCUGCUGUGAGACUUACAAGUUUUCAGAUCGUGUUCAGACAGACUCUAUCGUCAACAAUGAACUUGGUGACCCUAAUGACCUUGUCCAAAUCAACCGUCGCCAAGGCAACUUCCUAACGGGCUGGAAGGACAUUCCGUGUCUGGGCCUACUCAACCUCGUUUAUGAUGUCACUUCCCCCGACCUGGUCUCCAUGGUGAUAACAGAACUGGGGGUAAUCCCCUGUACGUCAGUGCCGGUGGUCUUGAGGAUAUCGAGAGAUGAAACAGCAGCAGUAUAACUAUGUGUGUAUGUAUGUGGUCCACAAGCACCCAAAUCCAACUGCUUUAUUCCCAAACAUCGUUGAUUUUACAUUUGAGACUGAUCAUGAAUGCGAAAUGUAUUGCACUGGUGUAUUGGACAAUAAUAGAAGAUCCAACACACCCUGUGAUUAGACACACACUGAGUGUGACACACACGUAGGGCAGUGGUGCACAGAAUUGAGAAGUGAACAGUCUGAGAUUAGACUCUGCCCUCACUGGACUGUUACAACACUUCAGUGUUGCAAAAAUAUUUAAAGUGGACAUGCCGAAUGAAUAAAUAAAUAUUAAUAGCUUCUAAUGUGGGUCCAGUGGAGUAUCAGAACAUUUUGACAGAGCGAGGAGAAUCGUGCUUGAAACUUAGAGUUUGCUGUUUCAGUUAGUAUCACCUUCACAGACAGGUAUUCAGUCAUGACAUCAUCGUCGGUUGCAAUGACAUCGUCUUGGGUUGUGAGGGGCAGAGUCUCGCUGUCUUGUGGGUGUGGCUUUGCGGUUGCUAUUGGCGACACAUCGCAAACAGUUGCCCCUGGCUCUCCAUGUAGCCAGCUGUGUAAAUAAUGUGUGUAUGGUUUCGCAAGGUAACUGAAAAUAU